AUGCUCUCUACCUCUGUUCUCGCUUCAGCGAGUGUACUGCUCUCCCUUGCGGGUAGUGCUCUCGCUCAGGGCUGCGGUCCUGGAACCCUCUGCCCCGCUGCCACACCCUGCUGCUCUGAAUUCGGCUUUUGCGGUUCGGGGAGCACAUACUGCCGAGGCGGCUGCAACGCCCUCUGGUCCCACUCCCUCACUUCCUGCGAACCCGAGCCGAUCUGCCAGUCCGCGACAUACGACUUCACUUCCCCCAACGCGUCCUCUCUCGUUCUCAUGAACGCUACAGGGUUCAACAACGACGCUACUCGGUACGCGUGGACGCUGGACAAGGGGAACAUCGCUUGGUCUCCCCAGGGGCUGGGGAUGAUCCUGACCGAGACGAAUGGGGGUACGAGACUGAGUACCACACGGUACGUGGACUAUGGGACCAUUACGGCCAGCCUCAAGACGGGGAGAUGGGGCGGCGUCGUCACGGCUUUUAUUACUAUGAGUGAUGUGAAGGAUGAGAUUGAUUGGGAGUUCCCGGGGUCGGCGACGACCCAGGGUCAGUCGAACUAUUACUGGCUUGGGGUAGCGAACUAUUCCGCUACUAAUGGGGAGACGACGGACGGGCUCUCGGACACGUAUGACAACUUCCACAACUUCACGAUCGAUUGGCAGCCUGAGACGCUCCAGUGGCUCGUGGACGGCGCAGUUGUCCGCACGGUACAGAAGAACGAUACGCUCAAGACUGAUUCUUCUGGGACGAGGUACGAGUACCCUAGCACACCUAGUCGUGUCCAGAUCUCCAUCUGGCCAGCAGGCAUCUCCUCCUCCGCACAGGGGACGAUCGAGUGGGGAGGGGGGAUGAUCAACUGGGCCGACCCGGACUACGUAGCGAACAACAACUCCUUCGUCGUGUACGUCGAGAACCUGUCCAUUGUGUGCAGUAGCUGGACCCAGCCUGCACCGGGUGCGCAGAGUUAUAUCUUUACGGGGAACGACUCGACCGGGGUGCCGCAGAUUGGCAUGAGCAACCAGAGCUUUAUCUCUACUACUGGGAGCACGCUCGUCGCGCUCGCUGCGGUCGUUAGCCUCUAG